UAGCCAUAUUGUCAAUGGUAUAACAUUGGGUCCAAUUGCACAUGACGAGUAACCAAAAAUCUAAAGUCAUUCAAGUGUUCGAAGCACGAUUGUUGUCGAGUCGACGCAUGUGAUAGUAGAUCAACUUGACGUAUAGAGUUGUCUUGAAUUACAAUGGAAGAAUUAGGCAUUAUUUUGCCCGAUAAGGAUGCGAGUGAAAUCGAUUGUAAGCCAAGCGUUGGCCAUUACACAGGAGCUGGAGACGAGUUGGAUGUUGAGGACCUUUACACUAAAUAUAAGAAACUACAAAGACUACUGGAAUUUCUGGAAGUGCAGGAAGAAUAUAUCAAAGAUGAGCAACGUAACCUGAAGAAGGAAUAUUUACAUGCACAAGAGGAAGUUAAACGUAUCCAGAGUGUACCGUUAGUUAUAGGACAGUUCCUUGAGGCCGUCGAUCAGAACACUGGCAUAGUGGGCUCCACAACAGGAUCAAAUUAUUACGUACGGAUUUUGUCUACCAUAGACAGGGAGCUUCUCAAGCCCUCCGCUAGCGUAGCGCUUCACAAGCAUAGCAACGCUUUGGUGGAUGUCCUGCCGCCGGAGGCGGACUCCAGCAUCUCUAUGUUACAAGCAGACGAGAAGCCGGAUAUUCAGUACAGCGAUAUCGGUGGAAUGGAUAUGCAGAAGCAGGAGAUCAGGGAAGCAGUGGAGCUGCCUCUUACUCAUUUCGAGUUGUACAAACAGAUCGGCAUCGAUCCACCGCGUGGUGUACUCAUGUACGGGCCACCCGGUUGCGGGAAAACCAUGCUGGCAAAGGCCGUUGCCAGGCACACCACUGCUGCCUUCAUUCGCGUAGUAGGCUCCGAAUUCGUGCAAAAGUAUCUGGGCGAGGGUCCAAGAAUGGUGCGUGACGUGUUCCGUUUGGCGAAGGAGAACUCGCCGGCCAUAAUAUUCGUCGAUGAGAUAGACGCCAUCGCUACGAAGAGAUUCGACGCCCAGACUGGAGCGGAUCGUGAGGUGCAACGUAUUCUCUUGGAAUUACUCAAUCAGAUGGACGGUUUCGAUCAGACGACCAACGUCAAAGUAAUCAUGGCGACGAACAGGGCGGAUACGCUAGAUCCCGCGUUACUUCGUCCCGGCAGAUUGGAUCGCAAGAUCGAAUUCCCGCUGCCGGAUCGCCGGCAGAAGCGCUUGAUCUUCUCGACGAUCACCGCGAAGAUGAAUCUGAGCGAAGAGGUGGAUCUCGAGGACUACGUGGCACGGCCAGAUAGAAUCUCCGGCGCCGACAUUAAUGCUAUCUGCCAAGAGGCGGGGAUGCACGCGGUCCGUGAGAAUCGUUACAUAGUUUUAGCGAAAGAUUUUGAGAAGGGCUAUAAGAACAAUAUUAAGAAAGAUGAGUCCGAACACGAAUUCUAUAAAUAAAUCUGAUAAUGUCUUUUGUCUGUCGUCAUUAUACUUUAUACGAUAUAUGUGUAUGACUAACGUGCAUAUAAUAUACGAAUAUUAUUACAAAAUUAAACUUAUAGAUACGAUUAUUUGAGUUCUCUGUUGACUGUCCGUCGUCUUCAUUGCCCGGCUUACUUUAAUGAUUUAUCAUGCGCGAGAAUGAACUAUUUACAAAAGAUUUCCCUUUAACUCUCUUUUUCAUUACGCUUUCAUCAUGUGCCCUUUCUCUAUAGGAAAGUUAUGUAUACUUCAAUAAAAAUUAAACUGAUGUUUUACUUAUGCCUAUUUUGAAUUUUCUACAAUUACAGUACAGUUUACAGUGAGGUAAUAUCUUGGAGAUAAAAAAAAAGAUUUAUAGUUCGAAUAAGGAAAAGAUAUUUUAUCGUAAAGAUUUUCUUCUAUGAUAUUCGUUUGUUUUCUUUUAGUUUUCGUUUUUCUCGUAUGUGUACAUACAAGGGCAGCGUUAUUUAUUGGGCAUGUCAUAUACAUACAUUUACAUUAUGUCGCAUUCUUUAAGUAAUUACGAUUUCUACAAAACUCAACAUAAUGAUGUCUAUCUUGCGAAUCCGAGUUGUACAACGUACGUACUCUACAAGUGUAAGCUAAAAAUUUUGAAAUAUUUUUACAUUGGUAUUAAUUUAUUACUCAAAGACACAUGUAUAUUUCAUGACUCGAGAAUUUUGAAUUUACUGGAUCAUACUUAUCAGGGGAAAAAGAGAAGAAACAGAAUCUGCGUUCAAACUUGCCGAAAAACGAUAUACUUCUGAACAUGGAAAAAAGUUUCAGAAAGAAUCGAUUAUAUUGAUGAUUAAAAAAGAUAUUUUUGAAUCUGCGUUAAAGAAAAUGGAAUUAGCGGUAACCAAUAUCAUUUUCUUCUAUUAAUGCAUAUUUGUUCUUAUAAAUUAUUAUUGCAAUAAAUUCAUGAUUUUAGCUGGC